CGAGCGUGGUGGCAGUCACAUGAUCUCGACAGAUGACUUGGAGUAUCCGCGAGAAUACCGGACGCUGGGGAACAGCGCUCGGCGUUUCUCCAAUGUGGGUCUGGUGCACACAUCGGAGCACCGCCACACCGUCAGCGCCGCCCAGAGCCUGGAGGCCCUGACCAACCUGCAUAAGGUUGACAUGGAACGCAAGAGGGACGCCUUCAUGGAUCACCUGAAGAGCAAGUACCAGCAGCAGCAGCAGCAGCAGCAGCUGCAGCAUCCGCAUCAUAGCCCACACCACAACCCACCAUCUCCCUCACCAUCUCACGCCAGCAUGAGGGGUACGUCAGAGCGGUCUGCACGAGAACAGUGGUGGACAGGCACAGGUGCACUGCAGCAACAGCCCAACUACUGGAGCUUUAAGAGCCGCAGUCCACGGCAUUCCCAGUCUACCCAGUCUGGGCUUGCCGACCAGGCCGCCAAGCUCUCCUUUGCCUCUGCUGAAUCCUUGGAGACCAUGUCAGAAGCCGACAUCCCCAUCGGGUUUAACCGGAUGAACCGAUUUCGCCAGAGCCUGCCGCUGUCCCGCUCUGCCAGCCAGAAUAAGCUACGAUCUCCAGGCGUGCUGUUCCUGCAGUACGGAGAUGAGACACGUCGGGUUCACAUCACCCACGACCUGAGCAGCCUGGAUACGCUGCAUGCUCUCAUCGUGCACAUGUUCCCUCAGAAGUUGACAGCAGGUAUGCUGAAGUCACCCAACACGGCCAUCUUGAUCAAGGACGAGGCGCGCAACGUCUUCUACGAGCUGGAGGAUGUCCGCGACAUCCAAGACCGCAGCAUCAUCAAGAUUUACCGCAAAGAACCCAUCUACGCUUCCUACCCUGCUGCUGCACACCUGGCUAACGGAGACCUGAGGAGAGACAUGGUGUACUCGUCUCGCGACUCCUCCCCAACUCGCCGCCUCAACACCCUCCCCUCCUCUACGGCCUCGGCGUCCUCUGGUUCUCCAUCCCGCUCACGCCUCUCCUACAGCGGCGGCCGUCCUCCAUCCUUCACUGGGUCCCACUCCCAGCAUGAACAACCCAGACAUCCCCACCAUCCCUCAGCCGGCCAUGGUGCCAACGUAGGCCUGUCUCCCUCGCCCAGCGCCAUCCUGGAGCGCCGCGAUGUCAAGCCUGAUGAAGAAGUUUCUGCAAAGAAUAUGGCGCUGAUGAAGAACGAGGGGCUGUAUGCAGAUCCCUACAGCCUUAUGCACGAGGGCCGCCUCAGCAUCGCCUCCACUCAGUCGUUAGCUGCCAUCGGAGACCCCUUUAGCUUCCCUGUUUCCAGUGGCCUGUACCGCCGUGGCUCUGUGCGCUCCCUCAGCACCUACUCAGCUGCUGCUCUUCAAGGGGACCUGGAGGACUCCCUCUACAAGCCUGGAGGUUCGCUCUACGCUGACACAUACUCCUCAGCCACACUGGGCAUGGGUUUUCGCAUGCCGCCCUCAUCCCCGCAGAAAGUUCCUGACAUGCAGCUGAGGGACAGGGACUCGUAUUCUAGCUCACCCAGCAGAGCCUCACCUGUCAGGCAGACCUUCCGCAAGGACUCUGCCUCCUCCUCUGUGUUUGUGGAGAGCCCGAAGUCGAGGCCCAGCUCCAGUUCAGAGCCUCUGUGCCUGACAGCUGGGCCUGGGGAGGGUGGCAGGGCAACGCCUGGCUUUGGUUCUUCAAUGUCUGGCCAGGACCCUGACAGCAGCAGGGAUCAUCGCCUGGAGCGUAUGGAGGCAAUGGAGAAGCAGAUAGCCAGCCUUACUGGCCUGGUCCAGAGUGUGCUGACCAGAGCACCAGACAGUGAUAGCACAUGCGGCCUGCUGCGUCUCUGCAUGAUGGCGGGCUGCCCUCCGGACCAAGGGACGGAGUUCUCACGGCCAUUACCUUUCUCUUCCAGCGAGAAGACCGAAACCAACAGUGACGGCUCCGCCACUGGAAGACGGCUGAAACAGAAAGCUCAUACACCGUCAGCACCUCUAGCUCUGAUGCCACCACCACCUUCUAACACAACUCCGGUGAACAGCGCCGGCCGCUUGCAGAUGCAGCUCCACCUGCACGGCCUGCAGCAAAACGCCACCGACCUGCGCAAACAGCUUGGCCAGCUACGUAAAAUACAGAUGGAGAACCAGGAUUCGGUGCGAACUCUGUUGAAGCGGACAGAAGCGGAGCUAAACGUGCGUGUGGCCGAUGCCUUGAGGAAACAGGAGGAUCCUCUACAGAGACAGCGCCUCCUGGUGGAGGAGGAGAGACUCAAGUACCUCAAUGAGGAGGAGCUAAUCAUCCAGCAGCUCCAUGACCUGGAGAAGUCAGUGGAGGAGAUCCAGAAGGAGUCGUCUGUCAACCACAAGCUGGUGACAGUGCAGGAGCUGGAGGAGAAGGCCACUGUUCUGAGAAAGCUGGGAGAAACACUCACAGAACUGAAAAAUCAGUUCCCAGGCCUGCAGAGUAAGAUGCGGGUGGUGCUCAGGGUGGAGGUGGAGGCCGUCAAAUUCCUGAAAGAAGAGCCACACAGGCUUGAUGCCCUUUUAAAACGCUGCAAGACUAUAACUGACACCCUCGCCACCAUGCGCAAACAAGCGAAUGAUGGAGUGUGGAAGAAGCAGGAUGACUUCUCUAUUCCUUCAUCAAAGCACAACGACGACUUGCGAAAGUUUUCAGACUUUGACCUCACCACCAGCCCGCCACUCACCAUCAAUGACAUUGGGGGAGGCAACAGCCUGUCCAACUGGAGCCCCCACUCCAGCCUCAACCGUGGCCACGGAAACCUGUCUGGCCCUCACAAGGACAAUCAUCCUCCUGUUCCCCACAAAGGCAAAGCCCUGGAGGAGCUGGAACGCCGUGCUUUAGCUGACAAAGCUUUAUCCGUGGAGGUCCGACUGGCAGCAGAGCGAGACUGGGAGGAGAAGCGGGCCAGUCUGACCCAGUACAGCGCCCAGGACAUCAACCGGUUGCUGGAAGAGACCCAGGCUGAGUUAUUAAAAGCUAUUCCAGACCUGGACUUUGCUGCCAAGCAAAUCAAGCCCUCCUCUAACACGCCAUCCUCCCAGAUCCCCCAAAGUGGGGUAGGAACCUCAGAGCACCGCGUCAGCAAGCCCCAGCACAAGCUGUCUGGGAAAGAUGGAGGAUCCAGGCGUGGCUCUGAUGAGUUGACAGUGCCGCGUUAUCGCACAGAGAAACCCUCCAAGUCUCCUCCUCCUCCACCACCUAGACGCAGUUUCCCGUCUUCUCCAGGCUUAACCAGCCGCAGCGGAGAGCCCCUCAUUCCUGGGAAAAGUAUAAAGAAGUCUGAAUCUGAAGAGACUGAAGGUCAGAAGCCCCAUGUAAAACUGAGGAGGACCCUGUCUGAAAACCCACGUCCUGCGUCUACACCCCCCACACUUGCCACUGGGGACAAGGAGGAAGGAGAGGAGGAGAGAAUUGCUGCUGAAUUGGAGCUGUUUGAGAGAGCCCCGCUCAGGCUCGCUCUUCCCUCUCCCCUUUCCCUGCCUGUUAACCCUCGCAUCAGGAAAAUUGUACCCCCCAGCAGACUGGACCUGUGGCCUUCUGAGGCCCCAGGCACCGAGCUGUCCAGUUGUGCCUUACUGGACUCCUCUAGACUUGAGGGAGAGCUGCAUGUGGCAGACCAAACAGGCAGCACAUCAGUUGCAACAGGAAGGCGCUUGUCUCCUGUUCCCCACAUCGUGUUGACAGAGUGUUUGCCAGCUUCGCCGACUGCCUUAGAGGAUCCUGUCAGAGAUUCAGCAAAUGACCCUGUAGAAGAGAGUCCAUCCCGAGAUUGGACUGGUCACCACUGGUCACCAAAAGAAAGGGAUUCAUUUGGAAGCCCUCCUCAGCAAGAGCAGCAUUGUUUUAAGGAUGAUAUAGAGUUAAAACAGGAAGUUGCUCUGCUGUUGACAGAGCUAGAGGUGAGCGUGGUGUCUCCCGUUGAGGCUCAGGAGCUCUGCAGGACUAUUGGAGAAGCUCUGCAGAUCCUGAUUAUCUCACCACAGACUAGUGAAGUCCCUGAGGUCCAGCUGACUGGCCGGCCUCUCCUAGUGCUACUCCGAGAGGAAAAAACUGUCAGGGAUGCCUACAGGCUGCUGUAUUCCCUUUUGGAGUCAUCCAAGCCAGUGCCCAAACCCAGAAUAAAAUCCUCCCUCUACUCGGACCAGCAGAGCUUUCUGGUGGAGGCUCUGAGGAGAGGGAUAGAGUCAGGGGAUAGAGUGCUGACACUUAAGCACAACACUGAAAUUAUGAUUCCUGAGGUACAGCAGAAAUCAAUAAACAUUACCCCUAAAUCCAGUGGGUCAUGUAGCUCUAUGGACAGUCUAUCCAGCCAGAGCCAAAGAAAAACAAAAGCUAUCCGAUGCAGCACCUACAGGAGGCUGGACAGCUUGGAGGAGACUAUUCGUGAGCUGGAGAACACCUUGAUCGAGAUCUGUGGCCAUUCAAAUGCGGAGCAGCUCUACACUGAGACCACCAUCACCAAAAGCACUCCUGUACAGAUGACAGGCAGUCCGACCUCAGAGACCAAGAAGCCACCGGUUCCACCCAAGCCAUCCUCUUUCAGCCCAGCAUCGAUCCAGGGAGGGAAUAGUUCAAGUGUUGGUAAGGUCCUCCACUCCUCAGCUGCCUCCAAGCUAAAGCACCUGCAGCAGAACAGCACAGACAAGACUAAAAGUGGUAGAAGAGAGGACUUCCUGAAGAUCCAGGGCCAGCACCAGCAGUGAGCGACCUGUCCUUGUCCAGCCUCUUCAGCUUCCUUUUCUUCCUGUUUACCUGACUAGAGAGCUAUACACAUCCAUCUGCCCUAUUUAAUUGAUCAGCUUCUUUCACAUCUCCAGUGUUUACCCCAAAAUAUACACUGAACCCCUGUGUGUGUGUGUGUGUGUGUGUGUGUGUGUGUGUGUGUGUGUGUGUGUGUGUGUGUGU